GUUCACGUGUCUUCGCAGCCGGCUGAGGCAUGAACCACCGAGGAGUGAGAGCCGCUCAGUGCCCUGAACUUUGCUGACGAGCACAGAAACAGCUCCAACUCUUCACUCUGCUGACAGCACAUUUUAAGUAAAGCCUUGAGGAAAAGGAAAAAAAAAAAAAAAAAAGACAAGAAAAAUUUGGGGCCAGAGAGAGAAGUGAGGAAAUCAGAGCCCAGAUCUUUGCAGAGAUCCUCCACCGUAGCCGGUCAGGUGGAAGAGCAGGCUGAGAAGAGCCAGAGCCCACAGGCCUCCCAGGCAGACAGCGCCGAACAGGGGAUGUGGUCGUGAGGCGGAAUCUGCAGGCCCUGCAGAGAGGGGGCUCUCAGGACCAUGGCCCAGGUCAGCAUCAACAGUGACCUUGGCGAGUGGGGCUUCAGCGCGGACGCUGGGGAGCGGGCCCGUCUGCUGCAGAGUCCCUGUGUGGACUCGGACCCUAAGAACGAGGGGGAGGCCUCUCCUGAGAGUCCGAGCAGAGGUGCCACAUCCGCAUUUGGGGCCAUCUUCAUCGUCGUCAACGCCUGCCUGGGUGCAGGAUUGCUCAAUUUCCCGGCAGCCUUCAGCACUGCCGGGGGCGUGGCAGCCGGCAUCACCCUGCAGAUGGGCAUGCUGGUUUUCAUCAUCAGCGGCCUCGUCAUCCUCGCCUACUGCUCGCAGGCCAGCAAUGAGCGGACCUACCAGGAGGUGGUGUGGGCCGUGUGUGGCAAGGUGACAGGCGUGCUGUGUGAGGUCUCCAUUGCCAUCUAUACCUUCGGCACCUGCAUCGCCUUUCUCAUCAUCAUCGGGGACCAGCAGGACAAAAUUAUAGCUGUGUUGGCAAAGGAGCCCGAGGGGGCCGGUGGCAGCCGCUGGUACACAGACCGCAAGUUCACCAUCAGCCUCACUGCCUUCCUCUUCAUCCUGCCCCUUUCCAUCCCCAGGGAGAUCGGCUUCCAGAAAUACGCCAGCUUCCUGAGCGUCGUGGGCACCUGGUACGUCACUGCCAUCGUAAUCAUCAAAUACAUCUGGCCGGAUAAAGAGAUGACCCCAGGGGACAUCCUGACCAGGCCAGCUUCCUGGAUGGCUGUGUUCAAUGCCAUGCCCACCAUCUGCUUUGGAUUUCAGUGCCACGUGAGCAGUGUGCCCAUCUUCAACAGCAUGCGGCAGCCCGAGGUGAAGACGUGGGGCGGGGUGGUGACGGCCGCCAUGGUCAUAGCCCUCGCCGUGUACAUGGGCACAGGCGUCUGUGGCUUCCUGACCUUCGGCGCCUCCGUGGACCCCGAUGUGCUCCUGUCCUAUCCCUCCAACGACAUGGCCGUGGCCGUGGCCCGCGCCUUCAUCAUCCUGAGCGUGCUCACCUCCUACUCCAUCCUGCACUUCUGCGGCCGGGCGGUGGUUGAAGGCCUCUGGCUGCGCUACCAGGGGGUGCCGGUGGAGGAGGACGUGGGGCGGGAGCGGCGGCGGCGAGUGCUGCAGACGCUGGUCUGGUUCCUGCUCACCCUGCUGCUGGCCCUCUUCAUCCCCGACAUCGGCAAGGUCAUCGCAGUCAUCGGAGGCCUGGCCGCCUGCUUCAUCUUCAUCUUCCCAGGGCUGUGCCUCAUUCAAGCCAAACUCUCUGAGAUGGAGGAGGUCAAGCCAGCCAGCUGGUGGGCGCUGGUCGGUUAUGGAGUCCUCUUAGUCACCCUGGGAGCCUUCAUCUUCGGCCAGACCACAGCCAACGCCAUCUUCGUGGAUCUGUUGGCAUAACCGCAGCCUCCCAGGGAACACAUGGCCUUUGCCCUUGCACCCGGGAAGCCGUCUCUUGGAGCUGCAGGGCCCCCUGACCCUGCCGUCGUUCCCCUUUGCUGGUGGCCUGACAGCGGGACAUCCUUUCCCAGGCAUGGAGCUGGGGCGAAAUCAGGCCCCACCCCUCUGGACCGCCCACACAUGGCCCCCUGUCCUGGCAGUGCCGUGGAUGGUGGAGUGGUGUCACAGAGGGAACCCCCCUCAGCUCACAACGUCUCCAUGCCUGGGACCCGUGGGUGCAGGGGGUCAGCAGGUCUCGGAAGAAGGAAUCCAGCCUGACUUCGCUCUGGAGGAGGGCAGGCAGGAAGCUGCUGUCCCCCUCAGAGCAGCCUGUGCCGAGCAGGCACUAUGCUCCCUCCCCGGGACUCAGCACCUGCUCCAGGCUGUCAGCAGACCGGCCGGCAGUGGCUUCCUCUGGGAUCUGGCAAUUUCCAAAGGUAGCCCUGGAUUCACACAGAGGCUCAGAGGCAGAUAGAGUUCACACCUAGUCCACUCCCUCCUGGGCCCACAGUGAACCUACAGCCCUCUUUCCCGUGGGUACGUGACAUUGGGGCCUCGCCCAGGGUCUUCCCCUAAACCUGAGGGUCCAGGCAUCCUUCUCUUCCAUCCCCAGACAUCACCAAGUCUUAUGUUUACAAACGGUGCCAGCCCGGCUCAGCCAGGGGCCGGGGCCAGGGGCCGUCCGUGCCACGGUGCUGUGAGUACUCCUCCUCAGCUUCCCCCAUGGCGGGGAGUCUUUCUCAGAUUCCAGGUGGGCCCCUCUUUUCAGAGGUUCAAACACGGGUGAUGGAGAAGGCUAGGUACCUUUUAGACCUGUGCAGGCUGGGCUGGUCAGGCUCAAGGCGAACCUGUCUGGUAUCUACUCCUUCAGUGUCUGCUUCUCUCCGCCCUCCUGCCAACCCUAGCAUGGUAGCCCACAGACAAGCAAGGCAGCUGAUGGGUCGCUGGGCAACGCUGAGAGCUGCAAACGCCAGCCUGGACGUUUUCCUUUCCAUCUGGAUCUUGUCUGCUCCUUCUCCCACCCAUCGCUCUUCCCCUCCACCCCGUUUUUCAGCCCUGCUCACUAAGUAUUGGGGAGGGGUUGACAAACCUCUCGUCCACCUCCUCAGCUCCACACACCACCAGGUUUGGUCUUGGUGGCCUGUCGGUCACAUUGAGAUCACACCUGGAUUGUGCCCCAGGAGGGUGAGGAGGGACGCUACUCUCCCACUCUGUGUUCUUAUUCUGAACACCUGGGCCCCUCACUGGCCAACACCAGGCACCAGCUGAGGCCGCCUCCGCCCGGAACACCCAGCGUGCCCCUGGCCCCUCUUCCCAAAACCUCUGCACUGGGGCAGUGGGUGAGGGACCCGACCCAGCAGCCCAGCACUCAGGACAGCCAGAUGUGAGCCGCAGAGGCUGGAUGGAUUCUGCCCAGUCCCCAGACUAGGCGACCUGCCUUUCCUUGCCUCCGGGCCCCUGGGGCCAGAGCCGCUCUGCAGCUUUCCCUCGGCGCCCCCACCUUCCCCGGGGCUGGGCUUCCUGGGUGGAGGGAGCUGAGGGCGUCGACACAGAGGCCGGACCAGUCGGGAAAGGGGCUGGGAUUUGGCCCGGCCCACACUCAGGAGCCCCUACCCUCCCUGCCAGGGCAUUUCACUUUCUUUUCUACAGUCCAGGGAAGAUGGUAAAUAAAGAGGGACUUGU